GGAGGCAGAAAGAAGGAAGAAACCUAAAUCGAGAAGCUCUAAGUAUAAUGCUCAAUUGUUGAACAGCCCUGGCAUAAUGCAUUGUGCUCUGCCUCCCUCUUGUAGCGGGAACAGAGUACUACAGGGAACAGACCAGGGAGGGGAGUGUAGGGGAUAUGUUAUGCAUGAUCUCUAUCCCAGUUCAGCCCUGGCGGUGUUUGUAGAACUCGUAAACUUUGGGCAUUUUCCCGAAGCUGCUCCGAGCUGGGCUGACGUCUGUCUCUUCCAGGGUCUGAGUCCUGGUGAAGCUUAACUUCUGCAGAACCUCCUGUAAAGAUGACUAAAGAGGACGCAGUAGAAGUGGAGGAAGCCCAGCCAGCCUCAGGGUUUCAGAGCCCGGUUCUGGAGAUGAGGAAGAGGCCCGUGGUGCACCACUCUGCCCCAGCACCCCUCCCCAAGGACUACGCCUUCACCUUUUUCGACCCCAACGACCCUGCCUGCCAGGAAAUUCUCCUUGACCCACAGACCACUGUCCCAGAGCUCUUUGGUAUCAUCAGACAGUGGGUGCCGCAGGUGCAGCACAAAAUCGACAUCAUUGGAAACGAGAUUUUAAAGCGAGGCUGCCACGUGAACGAUCGAGAUGGACUCACAGACAUGACUCUGCUGCACUACGCCUGCAAAGCAGGGGCUCAUGGUGUUGGUGACCCGGCCGCGGCGUUGAGGCUGACCAAUCGGCUGAUUGCCCUGGGCGCCGACGCCGGUCUGCGGAGUCGCUGGACGAACAUGAACGCGCUGCACUAUGCAGCUUACUUUGACGUACCCGAGCUCAUCAGGAUCUUGCUGAAAGGGUCAAAGCCAAAAGUGCUGAACUCCACAUGCAGUGAUUUCCACCAUGGGACUGCCCUGCACAUCGCUGCCUCCAACCUGUGCCUGGGUUCUGUGAAAUGUCUGCUGGAACACGGGGCCAAUCCCACUGUCCGGAACAGCAAGGGUCAGGGCCCUUCGGACGUGGUUCCAGACCCCAUGGACAUGACCCUGGACAAGGCAGAGGCCGCCAUGGUGGCCAAGGAGCUGAAGCAGCUGCUGCUGGAUGCUGUGCCUCUGAGCUGCAACCUGCCCAAGGCCACGCUGCCCAACUAUGACAACAUCCCUGGGAACCUCAUGCUGACCUCACUGGGGCUGAAGCUGGGAGACCGGGUGCUGCUGGAUGACCUCAAGCCUCCCCCAAAACCGUGCAGUGAUGUCACUACUUUGGUGCCCCACGUAAAGCAGACCGCGACACUUCGUUUCUGCGGGACCACGGAGUUCGCUAGCGGUCAGUGGGUCGGAGUGGAGCUGGACGAGCCAGAGGGCAAGAACGACGGGAGUGUGGGCGGGGUCCGCUACUUUAUCUGCCCCCCCAAACUCGGGAUCUUUGCCCCGGUGUCUAAAAUCAGCAAGGCCCUGACAGACCAGACCCCGUCUUCCGUGACCUCCACCCCCAAGACCCCCCGCAUGGUGUUCUCCCGGGUCGCCGGCAAGGCCAAGAAGGAGAAGAAAGAGAAAGACAGAAAGAAGGCUCUGCGGAAGAAAUCCCUGUCAGUGGGCAGCCUGGAUCGCGAAGGGUUAAAGAUCGAACUGGGGGAUAAAGUUCUGGUUGCCGGGCAGAAGCAAGGAAUCAUCCGGUUUUAUGGGAAGACUGACUUUGCUCCGGGUUACUGGUUUGGUGUGGAGUUGGAUAUGCCCACUGGGAAGCACGACGGAUCUGUAUUUGGGGUCCGAUACUUUACCUGCCUGCCGAAGCACGGGGUCUUCGCGCCCCCCUCUCGAGUGCAAAGGCUUGGCGGACCCAAAGACUCUCAAACUGACGGCACACUAGUUAAGAAAGUCCACCAAGUAACUAUGUCUCAGCCCAAGCGUAACUUUGCCGCAGUGAGAACCCCCAAGGAUAUCACUUCAGAGAGUUCGCUGUCCAGAUUGCUGUUCUGUUGUUGGUUUCCUUGGAUGGUCCGAGCUGAGAUGCAGUCCUAACCGCUCUUCCUCCUAUGUGUCUGUCUUUCAUUCCUGCUUUUCGGGAGAACCAACCAAGACUGUUGUCGUGAUUUAUUAGUUGCCGUAGAAUCCCUGUGGUCGCAGUCCUAUAGCAAAUCCUAGUGCCUUGUAUCCAGACCAAUGCCCUGCACUGCAUCUCUUACACUCACAACGCCUCUUUAUUUCCUGAGGUACUGACCAGACAAAAGGGGUGCUUGUAGUACCUUUGUGUACUUUUUUCUGUUUUGCUGUAAGAAAAUAAGUCUAAGCAAAAGUAUCCUAUUGAUUUCAGCCUGUUUGAGGCAAAUCCACUUAAACUAUUAAUAUUAAGACCAAGACAAGUUACUUAACCACACCAACCCCCGCUUUAUAUAUAUAUAUAUAUAUAUAU